CACAAAACCCACAAUGAGUUUCGUACAACCGGAAAUCGAAUAUGUUGAAGUGAAAAUUCAUAUUCAAACAGUUUUCGCGGAUUAGAACAAAAAUCAAUAAAAUUGGACCUGUGCAAUGGUGGAAAACAAGAUGUGCCACUGUACAUCCACAACCAUAUGUUUGUAAACCAGAAGAAGAUUAGUUUAUUGAUAUAUUAAAAUAAUAUUUAUUAAAUAAUCAACAGUGUUUCAAAUCGUUUAUACUUAUUAAGGAAAAUUAAUAUAUAACGAUAAAAUGAAGGUGACAACUUACCCUGGUAUGCAUCUCGGAUCUGAGGUGAGGGAAAGUAUUUCACUCGAUGAGGAUGAUUUGAGUGAUGUCGAAGACGAAGUUUUUAUUAGGGAUGGCAAGAAUGGGUACAAACUGGCUGAAGAACUUAAUGUUAAACGGCCGUUGAUGGCACCUCGUAGAAAACCCAAACCCGACAUCUCCUCAAGGCUUAGAAAUAAGCCCCCUUGUAGAGCAUUUUGUAAACCUUGCUGUUACGUUUUCUUGGCGUUAAGCAUAUUGAUAGGUCUGAUAGUAUUAGUGGUAGUAUUAGUGUCGAUAAUUCCAUUACCGUUGGAUCGACUGCGUGACUGGAUAAUAAAAAGAUCGAGGGACGGUGAUGAGUCCUUGAUUCCAAAAUUAAUGCCUUGUAAUAAUUUAAAAGUGAGAGACGUUUGGUCUGUGAAUUUGCCCAAGUUAACUACCGAAUCGCCAGUUCGACUUUUAGAUGUAAAUAACGAUGGGUUUCAGGAUAUUAUUUUUGGUUUUGGGACGGGUGAUAAUUAUAAUGUAAUAGGAACAGACACGUUUUGCCCGAUAUUUUUGGGCGUUCCUUCUCCAUGUGACGGAGGUGUGAUAGCUUUGAACGGUCUCAAUGGGGAUAUUCUCUGGAGGCAUUGGUUGAAUGACACAAUUUUCCAUUUACACUGCACAGCUGACAUAAACGGUGAUAGCUUUAACGAUUGUUUGGCUGUGGGGUCUGACGGGACAAUCACGAUAAUAAAUUCAAGAAAUGGCUCGGCAAUAUGGCAAAUAAACGCCGGAACAAUUGAUGUGCUUGUAGCGAAUUUUAUUCCUGACCAGAAUAACGAUAAUAUAUCAGAUAUUUUAACAUCUUUUUCAUCAUUAGAAGCGAACAAAGAAGGAUCAAUUAUCCUUUUAUCAGGCAAAAAUGGAGAAAAAAUAAACAUAGUCAAAACACCAAAUGGGGCCAAAUCAUUUUAUAUGCCGCAGCUAUUAACAAGAAACGACAAUAAAACGUACGUUCUCAUUGGCACUGGAAGCCCAACUACUUCUGGUAACUUGACUGCAGCUCCUAUUGAAGAUUUUGUUUCUGGUAAUUUGGAAAAUGCAACCACAUUGUAUCAAGAUCAUGCCAAAGGGCUCUUGACACAAUCGGUAUUAGUAGAUAUAACCGGUGAUAAAAUUCAAGACAUAGUGACAGCCAUGUACAAUUCAACGGUCGUAGCAAUUAAUGGAGCCACAUUUUUCCAAAUUUGGAAUUUUACUGUUCAAGGCGGGGAGACGUAUUUUACUCCAAUCCCUGGAUAUUUUAAUGCUGAUGAAGUGCCUGACUUUUUGGUAAUCUAUCAAAGUUUUGAUAGUAUUUUUGGAAAGAAUUACACCCAGACCUUUAUUUUGGACGGAAAGAACGGUAAAAGCAUAUACAAGCCGAUAGGAAAUAGUGUUAUAACCCAAAUGAAUGGAGUUUUAUUGAGUGCUGAAGGAUAUGGAUUUGAUACUUACCUCUUUUGGACGUCAGAAUGUCAGAAGUAUGAAGGUCUUUCAGAAAGUAGUAAGGAAAAUUCACCGAUUUGCAACUUCCACUUAAACGCCUUGAAUCAGUUUCAUCAACCUCCAGGCGUCCUCGUUUACAAUUCCGUGAACAGAUCCAAUUUCGAAUUCAACAACACAAAGUCGGUACUGAAACAUAUCAGAGAUUAUUCAGCUUUGCACCAGGGCCAAUCUGAAAUAGACGAACAAUACAACAACAACGGUGAAACGAGACCCAGUGACGUAAAAAAGAUUGGAAGUUUUAGACACAAGGAAAAUAGAAACGGAAAACUCAAAGAAUACAUACUACCAAACGAACAGUUUCAAGACGACCCGAAAUAUUAUAACGAUGAGUUGGAAGACUCUGGUUUGGUGAAUGUUUAUAACGAAGACGAAAUUGAUAAUCCAAACUUUUACAUGCAAGAACCAAAUCCGUACACUCAAGAAAACAAUGUUCUCCUUAAUUCAAAUAUACCACAAUCCAACCGCGAUCCCAGAAGCAAGGAGAAGAAAGUAAAUUCGGCGGGCACACAAGAAAGUAAAUCCAAAAAGAAAAAUUUGUCUGAUAAAAAACAUGGCAUUUAUAGUUAUCUGAACAUUAAAAAUUCAGGAAAUCGUUUGCUGACUGAUCUUAACAAUCUUCCAACCGAUAUUUUGAGAGACACAUACAUUAAAAACGAAGAGAGGAGAUUGAAGAAAUCGAAAUUCGAACAAAGAGAUAUCAAUUCCCACCGCGACAAGAUCAAGGAGAAUAAAGAGAUCAAACGUAUUAUUAACGAAGAAAAAAAGGCAAUGCAAAAUAUGUCGUUACAUUUAUGGGAUCUUGAAUCUGAAAAGGAAAUCGAGGAAAGAGAAAACAACGCCUGGAGAGGAAAACGCGAAGUUUCAACAUUAGUUAAUAGAAUAAGGAAGAUUAGCUCAGUUGGUGCAGUUUUAAACCCUCUCAACACGACGAGCAAUUCGACUUUAACUUCUAUAGAUGUUAUAUUUAUAAUCUACUGGAUGCCAGAAGAGCAAUCAGAAAAAGCUAUGCUAAAGGAUGAUCUGGAAGAAUGUAUAAAGGAGAAGAUGCAAAAAGUUGCCCAAGAUGAUUCAAUUAAAACCACACUGGAAGAACAAAGGGAAAUAAUCACCACAGCAUGUCGGUCAGAGCAAAGCAAAUUUAUUAAAAAAAUUCCAUUCUUUGAUCGUUUACACCAGCUAAGAUUAGGUCAAAUGACUGUGUAUAGGAUGAAUAUUGAAUGCGAAUGUGGGAAACUGGAUGUCAAAAAAGAGACGUGUGCGAAUUUUCUACCCUCGGAAUACCAAAGCUGGCCUGAAUAUUUAGGCAAACGCGGUGAUGGUAUAUUUCUAACAAGGAAAGCAAGAAUGUUUCAGUAAAUAGGUUAUAAUUAACAAAAACUUAAAGUAAUCUAUAUCUACUUAUUUUUCCAUGUACGCUAUGCUGAUAUAAAAAUGAAUAAGAGAGACUUAAUUCAUUAAAACUUAAAUAGCAAAUCUUUAACAACUCCUGAUUUAAAUAAGUCAUUUGUAUUGCACAUGACGUAUGUAAAAUACAUUUUGUACCGUCGUUUUGUUAUAAUGAUGUUUGUAAUAUUUAUUUUAGUUACGAAAUAAACAAAUAGAUCUAAAUAAAUGUAAUUACGUGUUGCGUGUAGGUAUGGAACUGGUAAAAUAUUUUAGUACUCAUACACAUACCACAACAGACAAUCUAAUGUAAUGUAUUUUUUCAUCUCUGUAAAACAUCAAAGUGUUUUAUAGAAUAAAAUCGAACAGUGUUAAAAUAGAACAUAUAUAUUAUAUUAAACAAUAUCUAUGAUAAUCGUUGAAACAAGAAACAAAUGUUUUUGUUAAUAAUUAUCAUUUAAAAAUUUAUAGUGGUUAUAUCACCAUAUUAAAGUUUGAACAUAUCAUUUAUUAUAGUUGGUUAGGAAAUUUUAUAUUUUGCCCAACAUAUCACACAGUGAAAUGCUAUUUUUAUAAUUUUAUUGAUUUAGACUUUAACAGAGGCGUUUUCUGUUUAAAACAAUUAUCAUAGAAUAUUGAGAAACUGAUUAGAAAAUUAGUAUACAGCUUUAAAUUAAUUUAAAUGGUUAACAUAUGUAAUGCUUCAGUUAAAUCUGUAAAACUUUAUAAAAUGAAGCGUUUAACUCUUAGAGUAUUGAAGUUCUGAAGUGAUCCGAAUCAAAUCGCACAUUAUUUAAAUAUUUUAUAUACUUGCUCAAACAAAUUUAUCUUUUUUUACUAACUUUAAAUGAAAGGAAGUAUUAUACCAACCUGUUGUUUUUUAUUGUAUGAACAUGAUUAUUAAAAAUAUAUGUAAAUAUAUACAUGGGAGUGGCUUGAAAUAACUAUAAGUAUACAAUACUUACCAUAUUUUCCUAUGUAAAUUACUUGUAAAUAGAUUAUUUUAUAAAAAAUAAAGGUAAAUAU